AUGCACAAACAAGGAAAUUGGAACGAAUUUCGAAAGUCACCAAGGUUUAGACAGGAGAAAGCACUGAGCGACUGCAUCACAUCUCGAGCGACUGAUAGCCAUACCAGCUGCAAAACAGCUUUGCAGGAAGAUCAUCGAAAACAGACCAUCGAAAAUUUUGGAAGCAAGGAAGAAGAUAACGAAGCGGGACAUCUUCCCGGCAAAGAUGGAAUCGAUAUGAAGAGAAUUUACACCAAUCGCCUUCGCUCGUCAAUACCCGAGUCAAACCCCGUUAUCCCCACUAGAAAAAUACCACCACGGAUUCUACCUGCCGAAGUUCGCGAUCCAGAAGGCAGUCCAGAAGGCAGCCAGUUCUCCGGUAUUGGAUAA